AAUUGUUAAGGUAAUCCAGGUCGGCUGUGCCUUUUUAUGUAGGUCCCGGCUGUCUUCUAACUCUCCUUGGCGGCACACAACUUAUGCAAUGAAAGUACCCAAGCAUGACAACUCCUUUGUAUAGGCUGAUGCCUCUAAGCCCUCGUGUGCAGGCUCUACAACAAGACGCAACGACAGAAGUUUUGACUCUCUUUCCUGUUGAGAAGAAAGAAGGGUUAUUGACUUAUGGUUUUCCAAAGUCAUGUGGGCUACUAUGUGAGGCUUUGUUACAAGAUCUGGAAGAAGACCUCAAAUCGUGGGCUAGAGGGUUCGGAAUGGUCAUUAAAGAUCUCAAAAUGCCUGAAAUUAGCCCACAGGCUUUUCGUCUCGAAAAAGGCAACACGUCGACAUUACUAAAAGGGUAUACUGCAAUUGUCGUGGCCCUCGGAAACACAAAAUACGAUGUUGAGCUCGUUUCCAGAGACAAACGGUCCUCGCAGAAGGAGACGUGGGAACCAACAUCUGCCCUUCAUCUCCGAGAAACGGGGCUCAAAGCUCAAGGAGGACACAUAAGGUUCCUCUACAUCCCUCUCCACCUGGAACCCAUAUAGACUUUCCGGCAAACGACAAGUUCUAUUUCAUGAUAUGUAUCAUAUCAUGUUCCGUAUCCGCGCUCGAAACGACACUCCAGGUGCUGUCUGGGCUGCCCGUCGACCUCGACUUCGACUUCGUCUGUGACUUCGAUCUCGCCUUGGACUUCGCACCGCCUGGCUCUAGAGCCUUCUCGAUUUGUUGUAGACUGCCGAUUGUGAGUCCAGAAAUCGACACAGGAGUGACUUGACACCGUCACCUACCUAACCUUCCCGUCACAGAGUUCAUAGACAAGACUUGGGAUUCGGAGUAAGUCAGAGGGUAGUUUGUUGUUUGGACGAUGUGCAAAUGCAGACUCUCUGCGCAGUAUCGGGAAGCAUUCGACGGUAAAGUGCUGGCCAAAAGUAAAAUAGGAGUUUACUAGUUUGUACGCUGUGAGAACAAAGGAUCUUGUAUCAAAUAAAUCGAGUGAGGGCUCAAGACAGCCUACCUCUCAAUGGAAGCUCAUAUGCCCGUGGCCCCAGUACUUUAGCAAGUUCAUCGCCAAUCUGGACACACUUGGGUAGUGCGAAUCGCUUGGAUCUAAGAGUAUCACUGCCUCCAGUAACGCAUUUAGCCAUGGCAUCCAUAACCUCGUUUAUGGUAAGGCCUUGAUCAUGAGCCACGUGACAGGCUGCGACCAUUACCAUACAGUGAAGCUGAGUUUCUCGUCCCUCAAAGUCUUUGGAAGCAGCAGCAUAGGUCUCGAGAAGAGUGAGCCAGUCCAUGUCCCGACGCGACUCAACGUGAGAGAUGGUCAAACGAAGACGCAGACGGAGAAUGUCUUCUAGUGUCGAAGGUCUGUUGUUGUCCCAAUCCUCAUCCCCUUGAGGUAACUUUGACAUCCACGCCUUAACCCAUUUUAUCUGAUCAUUCAGACCCCUUCUUCGGACGGGCUUCUGGGGGACUGGCUUUCCGGGUUCUUCUUUGAUAAAUUCGGCGGUAAAACUUGGCGACUGUGAAGAAUACAUGAUAAUCGGAUCCGCUAGAAAGCCUCUAGAUCCAGGAACCCGGAUAAUGGAGCAUCCAUGAAUAUCAUGAAGAACUGCAGGUUGGGUUCCGCCAAUGUGUCAGACAGCGGACUGGUUGGUCUAUAUGGGGGGGGGCUUCCAGUCGGCAGCCGAUUGUGCCGCCGAAUUUUUGACUUGAGCUCAAGGAAGAUUGCGUCCGCCAGGAUUCUCCUCUGUCGGGUGCAUUUGAGCCACACCUCGCCUUACUUCACGCCCUGGUGCUGCUGCUCCUGGGAGGUGGGAAAGUGGAAGAGUGUCGGGUUCAUCGGCAGGCAUCAGGAGCUCAAUAAAGAAAGGCUGGGUCUGUUUCUGUAUUUCGCAGGGUCCGUUAACAAAGAAACCGAAGCCAUUGUGUCAUUCCCACUGGAGAGGUGACAGUGGCGUCUGGUCAUAGGUCAUUAAUGGGGUGCACCCAGACAAACCGAAUCGUCCAAUGCCACGUCCUUCUUUUCAGCCUUGCAAGAGCAUUCCAACUAUGGACAGCUUCGGAUGAGGGCCAGUUAUGUUAUUAAUGUGAAUGUGAUUCUGAUUUGCAUA